UGUACGAGAAAUGUGAAUGUGCGCUUCUUUAUCUCGUGCUGAAAUUUUUCGUACGCUUUUGUUCAUCAAUUUUUUCAUCCAAGUGCCAUCGAGUCUGCCGCUGGAAAACGUGGAUUCAUGCUGUAGCACAGAUUCCGUAGUAUCGAAGCCAUGUCCGGGAAGAGCAAUGGGGAGAAAUUGGCGGAAAUUGAUAAUCAUGUCACCAAGCAUUACAAUAUCGUUCGGCGACUCGGAAAAGGGGCAUAUGGAAUCGUAUGGAAAGCCGUGGACAAACGAUCCAAGGAGACUGUGGCUGUGAAGAAGAUCUUCGAUGCCUUCAGGAAUCAGACAGACGCCCAGAGGACAUUCCGAGAGAUCAUGUUUCUCAUGUCUUUUUCGAAUCAUGAGAACAUCAUUCAACUUAUUGGCUUGCAUAAGGCUAAUAAUGACCGAGAUAUCUACCUGGUUUUCGAAUUCAUGGAAACGGAUCUGCAUAAUGUCAUUAAACGAGGAAACAUCCUCAAGGACAUUCAUAAAAUUUACAUCAUGUAUCAGCUCUUCAAAGCAACGAAGUACAUUCACUCGGGGAAUGUUAUACAUAGAGACUUGAAGCCAUCUAAUAUCCUCCUGAAUGCUCAGUGUCACUGCAAAAUUGCGGACUUUGGUUUAGCGCGAUCCGUGACACAAAUUGGGGAAGGUGAUGGUGAGACAGGGAGCGAUCCCACGUUGACGGACUAUGUUGCCACGAGAUGGUACCGUGCACCGGAAAUUCUUAUAGCUUCACGAAGGUAUACAAAAGGCAUUGACAUGUGGUCACUGGGCUGUAUUCUCGGUGAAAUGCUCCUCGAAAAGCCACUAUUCCCCGGGUCCUCGACGAUCAAUCAGGUCGAGCGAAUCAUGGCUACUCUAUCUCCACCCACGCCGGAGGAUAUAGCGUCGGUAAGCGCGGGAUACGGAACAAAUCUCCUAGAAAAAACGCCCAACGUACAUCGUCGAAGUCUACGAGAGCUGUUCAUGAACUUUUCCGAUAGUGCGGUAGAUCUGAUAAAUAGUCUCAUUGUAUUCAAUCCAAACCACAGGCUAACAGCAGUUGAAGCUUUGGAGCAUCCGUAUGUUGCUGAUUUCCAUCACCGCGCGUACGAGCCCGAACGCGGUGCAAGCGUCAUACCUCCGCUGCGAGACGACGUUCAACUCUCCGUUGACGAAUACAGGAAUAAGCUCUACACGAUGAUGGAUGAGAAGCAUCGGAAGAGCAAAAAUAUGAUAAAACACAAAUUUUCUGGUAGGUCGAAGUCUAGAAUCCGUCGGCUGUCGGAACACAUAAGGAAAGAGACGAGUAAUGCAGUUCCACGAGAGGUUUUGCCGAAGAGUAACUUCCACAUGUCCAGUGACGAUGUGCGGAAGGACAAGGAGAAGAGCGACUCCUUCAAAAAUUCACAGGUGGAAGGAAGGAAUAUCAUCUCUCAGUAUGCCCACAACUUGAUUAACGGGAAUUUCCGCAAUUUACCUCCGGGUCACGCUAAGAGCUGCCAAUGUCUCACUCAGCCCCAGCAGCAACAGCUGAACAAUAAAUCUCAGAGAUCGUUUCAAUCGGAUCAAGCAGCUGUGGUCGGUGGAGGGCACAGAUGGAAUGUUCCGAGUCAGCCGAAAUUGAGAAGAGGAACGAAACCCCCGGCGGCAAAUAGAAACCCUCAAAAAAUUAUUCCAGCCAGACAUUCGUCGACCAGCCACACUGAUAAUUAUCUAAUGACGAAGAUGCCAAAUAACAUAACAAAACAUUUUGCAUCAAGUGGUCCAGCGUCGAAUGGAAAUUCAUCACAGAGUCAAAUUAUUCAAAAUUAUCUCAAUCAAACGAUGCCAAUGCAGACGAGAUCAGCAGUUGCUCGACGUACAAAUCACAGUGAAACAAUCAUAGGGGGAUUGAAGCUCACACGUAGUCAAACGCUCAAGAGUCAUCUCAGGCACAGUGCCAUACAGAAACCAGUUACGAAUCAGAGGACCAUGCGUACACUGAAUAGUUAUAGUCAGAGUCAUGGCAUUAUCACAGCAUCAGCGUACAAGGAUCUCAAAAAUGGAAGUAUCAAGUGGUAAUAUCCCGUUAUCAAGGGAAAUUGUAGAAACUAGUCACUGCAAAAGACUGAGGUCAUUUAUAAAUUCAGUGUAAAUACGUGGAAGGAAAUAUAUUUCUGUUUGUAUGUAGAAUUAUUAUCUUCAUUUGUAAUCACGAUGAUUAUCUUCGUAGAUGAUGUAAUGAUGGAACAGAGCAGCUAUUCAGGAUUGAUAAUUAUUGAUCUGCCAAAAUCGACAUUUAUCAUUUCAAUGCAAUAAUAGUGGGAGUGAAAAAUCUUGUGUUAUUAGGGGAAUUACUGAUAUGAAAAUUGAUAAUCAUGAAAGGCCACAUGCGUUCAUUGCAGAUCAUCACCAAUGUGAUUUUUUAAGCAUCUAUACAACUAUUUACUUCAACUCAUUUCGACUGCAUUAAUAUACAAAUGAGUGAGAGUGCAUUGUUUGAAAUAUUCACGAUUCAUGUACACGAAAACUUGUAAUAAAAUAUUAUACAACUUGA